AUGGUUUGUGAAAUGGAGAUGGAUCAACAGGAAGAGAUGGAUAUUGUCCUCUCUUCAAUGUGGCCGGAAGAUAUAAAUGAAGCCGGGAGGCAGUUCAAUGUAGAAAGACCAGGAGCCAAUCAAGAUAUGUUGGAGGAGGUUGUAAUCAAUGAGGAGCCUACAAUAGUGGAUUUUAAGAGGCUUUUAGAGCUUUCCAACUACAGUGAGAAAGGUUCUUCUCAAUUGGCCUAUUUGGUAAAGAAUUGGGAAUAUAAGCAGGAAAAUGCUGUACGGCUUCUAAGAGAAGAACUCGAUAACCUUAGCAAGCAACAGCAAGAAGUUGAACUCAAGAAAUUAGAGAUAUUGGAAGAACAUCGUUUUGAAAAAGAUGGAUAUGGGGGCGAUAAGCGUCCAAUUUCAAUUUUAGAUGAAAAUUUAAGAUACUUUUAUCACGACACUCCUCGGAGAAAGAACGAUGUUAUCUACCAAGAUGAAACGUUAGACAUACAUGUACAAUAUGACAGCACAAUUUAUUGGAAACAGCGAGCCAUGCAUUUAGAGAAGUUGUUAGCGGCAAGUCUUGAGCGAGAGCGGGUAUUGCAGGGAAAAUUGCAUGAAAGUAUAGAAAAUCUUGAGAGGCAAUCCUCUCCAGUGGAGGAAUUAUCCCAAGUUUUAAAAAGAGCAGAUAAUUUCUUACAUUUUAUCCUCCAAAAUGCACCAGUUGUUAUAGGCCAUCAGGAUAAAGAACUGCGCUAUCGCUUCAUCUAUAAUCAUUUCCCAAGUUUGCAUGAAGAGGAUAUAAUAGGAAAAACAGAUGUGGAGAUUUUUAGUGGUUCUGGUGUGAAGGAAUCUCAAGACUUCAAAAGAGAAGUUUUGGAGCGAGGAUUACCAGCAAAGAGGGAAAUUACGUUUGAGACAGAACUUUUUGGCUCUAAAACUUUUCUAAUUUAUGUGGAACCGGUGUUCAGCAAAACAGGGGAGACCAUUGGAGUAAAUUAUAUGGGAAUGGAAAUAACCGACCAGGUGAGGAAAAGAGAGAAAAUGGCAAAACUUCGAGAGACAAUGGCCGUACAAAAAGCCAAGGAGACAGAGCUCAAUAAAACAAUCCAUAUAACAGAGGAAACGAUGCGAGCAAAACAAAUGCUAGCAACGAUGUCACACGAGAUAAGAUCUCCCUUAUCUGGAGUAGUUAGCAUGGCCGAUAUCCUUUCAACCACUAAACUCGAUAAAGAACAACGUCAGUUAUUGAAUGUGAUGAUAUCUUCUGGUGAUCUGGUUCUUCAACUAAUAAAUGACAUCCUUGAUCUUUCCAAGGUGGAGUCAGGAGUCAUGAAAUUGGAAGCCACAAAGUUUAGGCCGAGAGAGGUAGUAAAGCAUGUCCUACAGACUGCAGCGGCAUCACAACAGAAAUUAUUAACCUUAGAAGGAAAUGUAGCAGAUGAUGUUCCCAUAGAGGUUAUCGGAGAUGUCCUAAGGAUUCGGCAAAUUCUCACCAACUUGAUCAGCAAUGCGAUCAAGUUUACUCAUGAAGGCAAGGUUGGUAUAAAGCUUUAUGUCGUAGCAGAGCCCCCUAAUGCAAUCAAACAAGGAUCUGAUCAGACGAUUUCUUCUGAUCAAUCAAAAGUUUUAGCCAAUAUGAAGAAAGAAGAGAAGUGCUUAUCAGUGUCUCAGAGUAUGGGUGAUCAAAUUGGUACUCAUAGACCUAAAGAUGGAGAAGAUACUUGUGGAAGUGAUACACAUAAAAAUGAACCCAGUGGCCCGGAAAGAAAUGGGAUACCAAUGGAAGAAGACAAAGAGAGCAAUCUCAAUACUCAAGAAACAAUAGUGUGGAUAUGCUGUGAUGUCUAUGAUACAGGGAUCGGAAUACCUGAAAAUGCUAUACCCACUUUGUUUAAGAAGUACAUGCAAGUUGGUGUGGAUACUGCUCGGAAGUAUGGUGGGACUGGACUGGGCCUAGCAAUUUGUAAACAACUGGUUGAACUCAUGGGUGGACAUCUUACUGUAUCCAGCAAAGAACACUGCGGGUCGACUUUUACGUUUGUCCUACCUUAUAAGGUUUCGCCAGUGUGUGAUAGUUCAGAUGAUCUCGAUGAAAUGUCCGAUAUGGCCAACCAUGAUGUCCCGGACGAUGCAAAUGACGAAGAUUUACAUUCUGGCAUUUUCUUGUUCCCACCGCGAACAUUGGGUUCUUUAUUUUCUUCUCUAGUCCCCGGACGGACCCAAAAAUUCUCACAACCCAGUUAUGGAUCUAAUGCAUUGUCAGCAGCCGAAACUUCACUGAGGCAUAGCUCGGAUUCUGACAUCCUUAGUACAACUGCAAAACACGAACAGUAUCCUGGUAGAAGAUAUGAUCAUUUCAAUCCAUAUACUCAAUCCACCAAUUCCUUUACCGGUGAAACUUCAGAUUCAAUUGGUUCUCAAGAAGUAACAUGUAAUACGCAGACUCAGUCCAAUGGAAGUUCCGAGUGUUCUUCAAAGAACCCUCCAGAAAUCCCAAAACCCGAGUUGAAGGCUAAGAUCCUUCUUGUAGAAGACAACAAGAUUAAUGUUAUGGUAACUAAGUCAAUGAUGAAGCAAUUGGGACACAGCAUAGAUGUUGUGAAUAACGGAGCAGAAGCUGUUCAUGCAGUUCAACGCAACAGCUAUGAUCUCAUUCUAAUGGAUGUAUGCAUGCCAAUAAUGAAUGGUCUUCAAGCUACAAAACUGAUUCGAUCCUUUGAGGAAACUGGUAGUUGGAAUGAUGCAGUGAAGGCUGGAAUCGAGCUUGGAUUGCCUCCUGCAGAUUCUACACCAAAUUCACGAGAACUCACAAAUUAUAGAAAGAGGAUUCCUAUCAUAGCGAUGACGGCAAAUGCAUUAUCAGAAAGUGCUGACGAGUGUUUUGCAAAUGGAAUGGACUCUUUCGUGUCAAAGCCUAAAAUUAAUGCAUUAGGAAAGUUUUGCGACCAAUGUAUAAUGUUUUAUCCAGUCUUUAUAAAGGGUGCUUCUGUUUAA